UUGGUGCCUAAAGGAGAAGCGGACGGUGGCAAUGGGUCGGAAAAAGGCACUGGCCUCUCGGUGAAUCAGGUUGCACUGCUGGUUGCUGGUGAGAUGGCGGGCAGUGGAGUCCUGGCGCUACCUCGUGCCCUCGUCAAGACUGGAUGGAUUGGUGUUCCGAUCAUCAUCUUGAUGGCUGUAAUGGCUGCCUUUAGUGGUAAAAGACUUGGUGACUGCUGGUCUAUCAUUGAAGGUCGCGACCCCGAUAUGAGAAGCAGGAAGAGAAACCCCUACGCUAUCAUUGCUGACCAAGCCCUGGGAAAGACGUGGAGUGCGGCUGUGUCUCUCGCAAUCAUUGUAUCACUAUUUGGAGCAGCGGUGGUGUACCUGCUGUUGGCGGCACAGAUAAUUGAGCAAGUUUUCCUGUCACUGAUACCGACUGUCACAUUUUGCGCCUGGUACCUGAUCGUCGCCGGCGCUAUGACUCCCCUCAUGCUCUUCGGAACACCUAAGGAUUUCUCAUUCACAGGUGUCAUAGCGUUCUUCUCUACUGUCGUCGCUUGCGUUCUCUACUUCAUUCAAAUGAUGAAUGACAUUAGACCGUUUGGUGUGUUCCGCUGGGGCAUUCAUGGCUUCCAGGACUUCUUCCUUGCCUUCGGUACCAUUAUGUUUGCAUUUGGUGGUGCAUCCACAUUCCCAACGAUCCAGAAUGACAUGACCGACAAGUCCAUGUUUAGCAAGAGCGUUCACUACAGUUUCUUGGCUAUCCUGGCAUUGUACUUGCCCAUCGCUAUUGCGGGUUACGGGGUGUAUGGAGAGUCAGUAGGCUCAAACGUAGCGACGUCUCUUUCAGCCACGCCUUUAACUCUAGUUGGAAAUAUCUUCAUGGCCAUCCACCUUGUCUCCGCUUUCAUAAUCAUUAUCAAUCCCGUUUGCCAGGAGAUGGAGGAACUAUAUAACAUCCCCAGAGAUUCAGUCGGAUACCGCACAUUAGUUCGCUUGUCAAUAAUGGCUGCAAUUAUGUUCAUCGGCGAAAGUAUCCCGCGUUUUUACACCAUCCUGGCGCUGGUGGGAGGAACUACGGUCGCUCUCCUUACCUUCAUACUUCCUUCAUACUGCUACCUCAAUCUUGUCAGCCAACCACCUAGGGAAGGACAGCAAGCCACUGAAACUCAGGGAUGGAUCAAGCUCGUGUGCUGGGAAAUCAUAGUUUUGGGUGUUGUAGGCGGUGCCGCGGCUACCUUUUCGGCCGUGAGCGCCAUCUUCAGCACGGCGCAGGCAACUCCAUGCUAUUUGAGAUAG